AUGGAACAACCUGCAACUGCACCUGCAACUAGCAAUGCUAUUAGAGGGGCUAUGCAAAGAGGUAACAUAGCCAAACAACGGUUUGCUAGGAAGGAUAAAAAGAUGUUCGAGUCAUCGGUAGCGGUACUUGGUGAAUCCCGAAAUGUCUUGGCGUCUUCGCACAUAGGGGUACUUGGUGAAUCCCGUGUAGUCGAACUUGAGGGGCAUCGACAUCGUGGUACUUGGCAUACAUGGGUACUUGACAAAGAUGAAACGGAUCGCAAAGGUUGGUACUUCCGUCCAUGGGUACUUGGUUUUUGUUGCAGGGUGGCCUUCGGUGGACUUGGUGGAAACCACAACGUGUGCAGGAGACAAACAACUCAAAUCGUCCACGGCCGUGCGGAAGACAGUGGUGCUCCUGUUACGGGGAGGUUCGAAUCACAGCAGCAGCAAGGCAACAGAGGCACAAGGGGCGAGGCGCACGUGGGAGCGAACUCGGGGAAGGGCGGAGCAGCUAGCAAUGGUAGCCACGGCGGGAAGACAGAGGAGUGGAACUCCAGCGACGAGGAGGCGAAGCUCGAGGGAGAGCUCGGGCGACUGCUGCUCCGGCAGCUCGACAAGGAGGCAGGGCCAGCCGCGGUGCAGUGGAGGGGACGGAGCAGAGGUGGUCGACGGGUGCUGGGAGGUGGUUGA